AUGAAAGCUUUUCUUUUUCCCUCAACGUUGUUCGCAAUCGUGGCCUCUGCGGUGUCUGCACUGCCGGAUCCAAAGGGCCAUGAGUUCCGCGCCGCAGGACCCUACGACAGUCGAUCACCAUGCCCAGGCCUCAACGCUCUCGCCAACCACGGUUACCUUCCGCGUGAUGGCUCAAACAUCAAUUAUGACAUGAUCAACCAUGCAGCCCAAGCCGCUUAUAAUUUCGAAGAUGGCUUCUACAUCGAUGCCGUCAACAUGGUGUUUCAGCUCAAUAUCUCCACCUCAGACCGACCCAGCGAAACUUUCCAUCUCCGAGACCUGGCUCAGCACGACCAGAUCGAGGUUGAUGGCUCCCUCACUCGAAACGACAUCUUCUUUGGCGAUGAUCUGCACUUCGAUGCUACUGUCUUUGAUCCCGUCGCACGCGACCUUGGGCUGAAUAAGAUCAGCCGUAAAGAUAAAUUUGUGACAAUCGAAACUGCGGCCAAGGCAACUAAAACUCGGCUCGAUCUCGCCAAGCGUGUCAAUCCGGAGUUCAACGCUUCCGUACAUCAGCAUGAGACCGAAUAUGGCACUACUGCGCUCUAUCUUUUGACUGUGUGGGAUGAACAACAGAAGGCAGCACCAAAGCAAUGGGUUAAAGCAUUACUUGGCGAGGAUAGGAUCGCUUACAGAGAGGGAUACAAUAAAGGCAAGACGGUCAAGUCGAAUAAGCAAGUAGGUGCUAUGACUCAGGCUGUUCGAGCGGUGGUUGGGUGGAAGCCUUAG